AUGUCACACGACCCGAACAAUCUCUACAAUUUCAAAAAGCCUAAACUCCACGAUUCAUCAACAAAAGAAUUAUCCUCAUCCACAAACCUAGCAUUCAGCUCGACUCUCUCCUCACUCCUCACCUCUAACACAUCCUCAUCAACCACCACUCGUGGACGUCCUCGACCCUCAAAAACCAAAGAAGAUAUCUUUAAAACUCAUAAUAAAGGAGCGAAAAAACGUGCUGCAAAAGAUCUAGAAGGUGACCAAAACGGAUAUACACAAAUACAUAAAACAGGCGGAGGAAUAGAUGAUAAUACACUUCAUCGAAGUAAAAAGCGACUCGCUGAAAAAGCAAAAAUAUACUCCCGUUUAAAACACGGUGAUCAUGAUAAAUUCGAUGAAAAUGGGAAUCAAGAGGAAGAAGGACUCGUAGACUUUGAUCGAAAAUGGGUUGAAGGAGAAAAAGAUGACGAGGGGAACUAUAGCGAUGAUUCAUUUGGCGCCGGCGGCGCAGGCUCAGACACCGAACUCGUCGAAUACGAAGAUGAAUACGGACGUGUACGUCAAGUGACGAAAUCCGAAGCAAGUCGACUGGAACGUCGCAGAAAUAAACAACUCCUCGGCGCAGAAGAACUAGAACGUAUGUCCGCUCGCCCAUCAAUGCCAACCCAACUCAUCUACGGCGAUACAAUCCAAUCGGAUGCUUUUACUAGCGCAUUAGAUGCCGAGACGGAAAAUAAGAUGGAAGAGCUGGCGAGGAAAAGAGAUAGGAGUGCGACGCCACCGGAACAAAAACAUUAUGAGGCGGAUAAGGAGGUUAGGAGUAAGGGACAGGGAUUCUAUAGUUUUUCGAAAGAUGAGGCAUUGAGGGGGGAGGAAAUGGAAAAUUUGGAGAGGAUGAGGAGGGAGACGGAACGGGGAAGGAAGGAGAGGGAGGAGGCGAAGGAGAAGAGGAGGAAAGAGGUUGAAGAGAGAAGGAGGGUGCUGGGAGAGAAGAGGGCGAAAAAGCAGGCAGAUGCUUUUUUGGAAGGAUUGGGCGAUGCGCCUGGCCCAAUGGAGGGAAAGGAGUGA